AUGCUCGUACGCGACUUUAUUCAAGACUCACUCUACAAUCCAAAUUAUGGCUAUUUUUCAAAACGGGCAGAGAUAUUCUCGCCUGUAGAGUCUAUAAACUUCAACGAGAUUGCAGAAGCUGCAGAGUUUGAUGCCACUGUUGCUCGACUGUACCGCGAAUACGAUGAGUCGAGCGACCCGCGAGACAUUGCAGGAAGACAAGUUUGGCACACACCGACGGAACUGUUCAAGCCCUAUUACGGCCAAGCAAUCGCUCAGUGCUUGGUUUCGGAGUAUCUACUCAAAUAUUAUCCAUACGAAGACUUGGUCAUUUACGAGAUAGGGGCAGGAAAUGGCACACUGGCGCUUAACGUACUCGAUUUUCUCAGAGAACAUUACCCCGACGCAUACGACCGGACGCAAUACCACAUCGUCGAAAUUAGCCCUCGACUUGCAGAAAGACAACGCAAAUUGCUUCUUCCACGGCAUCCAAUGGUCAAGAUAAAUAAUCAGGAUAUCUUUUCGUGGAGCUCACCGGUCGCCAUGCCAUGUUACUUCCUCGCCAUUGAGGUCGUCGACAACUUUGCACAUGAUGCGUUGAGGUAUUCGCUGAAUGGCUUGAAACCAUAUCAAGGCCUGAUAGCCAUCUCAUCGAACGGCAACAUACAAGAGGCAUGGGAACCAGCACAGGAUCCUUUGAUCCUCAAAUACCUUGCCUAUCGCAACAUCACAAAGCACAAGGCACCGCAGAUUGCGUCGUCGCGGUUUCAGCCCUACCUCUACCAAUUGCGACGCUUGCUCCCAUUUGCGCCCAAUCUCACCGAACCAGAAUACAUCCCUACAAAACUCAUGAUUCUCUUCGAGCUCCUUGCGCAAAAAUUUCCACUACAUCGCUUACUUCUCACCGACUUUUAUCAUCUUCCUGAUUCGGUACCGGGGUACAACGCGCCAGUCGUGCAGACGAGACUCAAGAACGUCAUGGUACCUUGUUCAACCUUGGCUGUUCAACCAGGGUACUUUGACAUAUUCUUCCCGACCUCGUUCGAGACCAUGAGGGACAUUUACGAGGCCAUUCUCUCUAGGCCCAUCUCUGCUUCAACCGACCGUGCAUCUAGGCCGUCUCCAAUGUCGACAAGUGCCCUUCCAUAUCGUCUUGGAACCGAAUUCUUCACCUCGAAUCCCUUCCGAUCUGGACGACGCAAUCCAUUGGACGGCAUCACGUCCACGAGCGGCCUCCCAGUCGGACAGCGGCGUGUCGUCCACGCAAUUGCAAAGCGGGAAAAUCCCAUGCUUGACUUUUACCAAAAUGUCAAGUUCCUGUUCUGA